AUGGAUUGGAUGCACGUUUACAUUGCCACGGCGGCCUUUUCCGUCUUUGCCCUUGUGGCUCUCGUUCUCUUUGUUUCGCAGGCGCAGGUCAAGGUCGCUAAUACUUGGGCUGGUCCGUACCUCAAGUUUAUUUGGGCCAAUUUUAUUAAACCCCAUGAUAAGAAGGCUGGGGAUCAGCAGGAUGCUUUGGAGAGCUUUUACAAGACUCAGGCUGCCGUGUACGAUGCUACCCGUCGUCGUCUGCUCUGUGGUCGUGAGGACAUGCUCGGUCUUGUUGCUGCGCAGUUAAAGUACAAGGUUGGAAGCAAGGAUGUCAAGGCUGGGAAGGCUGUCUGGGUGGAUGUUGGUGGUGGUACUGGAUACAACAUUGAAGCCAUGGCUACUUUUCUUCCCGUGGAUAAGUUCUUCGAGCAAGUUUACUUGGUCGAUCUCUCUCCGUCUCUCUGUGAAGUUGCUCGUCAGCGGUUUGAGCGUCUUGGGUGGAAGAAUGUCACUGUUCUAUGCCAGGAUGCUCGGUCUUUCCGACUUCCGGACAGGGUUGUCGAUCCGCGGUCUACAAAUGCAAAUGAUGGUGUCGACCUGGUUACUAUGAGCUACAGUCUCUCCAUGAUUCCUGAUUACUACAGUGUUGUCGACUCGUUGACUUCCCGCCUGAAGUCGACUGGUAUUCUUGGUGUCUGUGACUUCUAUGUUCAAAGCAUCGUGGAUGUUUCCUGCCGCAACUACACCGGUGGUGCCUUUAAUCGUCAUGUCAACUGGCUCGGACGUGUUUUCUGGAGAGCCUGGUUUGACUUUGACCGCGUCAGCCUCGAGGCCGCUCGUCGUGACUACCUGGAAUACAAGUUCGGAACCGUGAUCUCCGCUAGCGAACGGAACUACCUCCUUGGUGGUAUCCCAUACUAUAUCUUCGUUGGUUGCCCCAAGGAAAUCCAAGCUACUCCUUCGAGUCAGUCAAUUGAGAAGCUGGAUGCAUCCUUCACUGAGUCUCCCUACCUGCUGCCCGCCAACCACAAACAAGAAAUGGACCAGGCAGUUGUGAGCAGCUCACAGGAGAUCCGGUCGAAGGCUUAUGAGUCUGCAGUCAUUAACUUGAGCGCAAACCUGCCACUGCCAUCUUCAUUCUACCAGAACCAGCACUACCGCAUCCACUACAACGACAUGCUUCCCAAGCACACCCAGUUCCAGAACGAGUACAUUUACGCAUUCACCUGGGAAGACCCCCGAGUUGACCACCGACUUUUGAACAUUGGCAAAGACGAUGUCAUUCUGGCCAUCACAAGUGCCGGUGAUAACAUCCUCGAUUACCUACAGAAGGGUCCCCGUCGUGUGCACGCAGUGGACUUGAACCCCAACCAGAACCAUCUUCUUGAACUCAAGGUUGCCAGCUACACAGCCCUUGGUCACCGGGAUAUGUGGAAGAUCUUUGGCGAGGGCAAGCACGCACAAUUCCGUGAGCUCCUCAUUUCCAAGCUCAGUCCCCAUCUCUCCAGCCAGGCUUUCCAGUAUUGGCUCGAGCAUACUCACACCUUCACUUCCACCUCCGGCCACGGUCUUUACGAGACUGGUGGUUCCCGUCACGCAAUUCGCAUGGUGCGCUGGCUCUUCAACAUCUUCGGGCUACAGGGUGAAGUUAAGAAAAUGUGUGAAGCGCAAACUCUCGCCGAGCAACGCGAAAUUUGGCCCCGCAUUCGCCGUGUUCUCAUGAGCCGGCCUCUGCACUGGGCUAUUGUCAGCACCGAGUGGUUUGCCUGGAAGGCUGCUGGUGUGCCUCGCAACCAGCGAAACAUGAUUGUGGAUGACUUCUUCCGUCGCAAUGGCUUGACUGAGGAUAUGAAGGUUGGAAAGGAUGUCAGUGGUCAGUCGAUUUGGGAGUAUGUUGUCAACACACUCGACCCUGUUGUCAACGAUACUCUCAUCAGCAACGACAACUACUUCUACUUCCUCUGUGUUCAGGGCAAAUUCUCUCGGAGAUGCCACCCUACCUACCUGUCUCCUCAGGCACAUGUCAAGCUUUCUACGCCUGGUGCAUUCGACGGUCUUCGUAUUCACACUGAUGAGAUCAACGAGGUUAUCAACCGCAUUACCCCAGGAACUCUUACCAUCGCCGUGGUCAUGGACUCGAUGGACUGGUUUGACCCCGACGGAGAUGCAGCCCCAGCCCAGGCCCGCACAUUCAACCACGCAUUGAAGAAGGACGGCCGCAUUCUCCUCCGCUCAGCAAGUAUCGACCCGUGGUACAUCAAGCAUUUCGAAGAGAACGGGUUCUCCGCACGUCGCGUGGGAGCCCGCUUCCCAGGCACAUGCAUUGACCGUGUGAACAUGUACGCAUCAACCUGGAUCUGCACAAAGACCGAAGACAUCUCCCGCCCCAAGAACCUACGCACAAUGUCAGCCCUUUCCUUGCCCGACAGUGCCAUCCCCACAGCCAAGCGAUCCGGCAGCGUGGAAGACUUGCAACUUUAA